AUGCUUCGUUCCAUUGAAGAGGCUGACAAGCCAGCCAAGAGGGGUAAGAAGUCUGAAACACAGAAGGAAGGACCGGUCAUUAAACCAACCAAGGGGCAAACCCCCAAGAAGAGGAAAUCUGAUAAAGCUGCCACUUCUCAGGCUCAACCGAAAAAGCAGAAGAAGCCUGCUAGGAGACUUAUUCUUCAAUCCUCCAGUUAUUCGGAUUCCGAAUAUGUCCCUCCUAAGCAGAAGAACGCUCCACCUUCAGAAUCUGAGAGCGAAAGCUCUGAUGAAGAGGCUUCGGGCCGAGGGGACACUCCGCCUCGCUCCCCUACUCCAGAAAUUCCGGUUCGCUCUUCUCCUCCUUCACCUCCACCGGUUACCAUCCCAGUUUCCAUCCCUCCUAUCUCUCCAAUUACCACCCCUCAAUCCUUCACCACAAUUCCUAUUCUCACACCCAUUUUCACAGAUACAACUACUACCACUACUACAAAACCUACCUUUACUGUUCCCAAUCCACCUGUAACCGAACCUCCUGUCACAACCGAACCUCCAUCUUCAUCAAAACCCUUAUCCCCUACACCAUCUACUGAAACAACCCCUAUUUUAGGCGAGGCUGCCUUAAAGGCAUUGUUCUCUUCGGUCGUCGCCGAACACAGUGCCACUUUAUCUACUGCAGCCAAGGCUAUAGAAGCCUCCACUUCCCAAUGUCAACAGGCUUAUCUCGCUGUUGAUGCCUCUACUAAGGAGUUCAAGGAAGCGACCGCAAAAGUCGAUAAACUAGUUUCAGAAGCUCACUUAUUUCUAGACUCUUUGCAGGCUGCUGCUGCCAAAAAUGCUGAAACUGUCAAUACUUCAGUAGAGAAUCUUCAAAGGUCUCUUCAAUCUGAGCGCUCGAGUCUUGAAGCGGCACGCCAAGCAAUUGAAGAAGCCAAUGAAUCACUCCAUGCUAAUGUCAACGAACGAUUAACUCAACUGGAAGCGGAAUUAGCAGUGGAAAAUCGGAUUAUGGAUGAGCUCGACAGACGUACAGCCCAGCUUAAAUUGCAAACACACAAGCUGCGUACUGCUAAUGUUGAGAUUAAUGAUCUCAAGUAA